UGGAGCUCCUGUUUAAUUCCAUCAGAGCGUCAGGUGGCUGGAAUAACAACCCAUCAGCAUGCCAGUUCCAGGCCAUCUUCCGCCGGCUGAUGGUUCGGUGUGGGGUUACACCCAGUGAGACUGGCAAUGUGGCAGCACAAGACAACACCGUGUCCCUGUCUGCUGUUGAAAUGUCCUCUCCUGAAUCUAAUGAAGAGCAUCCCUGUCAUUUUGCUAGGAUUUCAGCCAUUCUGGACGACCACAGCUAUCUUCCGACCAAGUUUGGUGGUCUGGUAGAAAAUGCCUUGGUUUACAUAUCUGGAUUUGUUGUGAGGCAGAUUCUGCGUAAACUAACCUGUGACCCAUGUCGAGUCAGUUUGAUUCAAGAUGCCACACCGUCUUCAUUUGAUGAGAACUACCAUCUUCUCACUUUGAAAAAUAAUGGCGGGUUAGUGAUUCCCUCACAAGGCGUAGUGAAGGUGGUGAGAGCUGCAGAGAGGGUGAUUCGUGGUGCUUCACCAAACCAUCCUCCUAAGCUGUCCGCCGUCACAUACAUAGUCCGUGAAGACAUUGGAACAGAAGAUGUUUUCCAGCUUGGGGAACACACUCAGGAGACACAAUUUGGCAUUGACAAUCACCAUUCUGACUUGCUGUCAUUGGUUGUGUCUGUGUUUCUGAAGAUAAGGAUGCACCACAUUGCAAAAGUCACAUGUCUUGGUUUGCAGAAAGGCAACACCAGAAAAAAGCUCUGCAAAACUGUCCUAUUUCAAGGCUAUUAGAUUGUGUAAAAAUGUAAUGAAUAUGUAAAUAUUGUU